CACACCACUCAGAGCCACAUUGAGCCACAGCAGCAGGUAGUAGAACAUGGCAAUCAGCACGACUCGGGCACUGCAGGCGAUGCCUCUAACCUGCCUGGUGCUGCUCCUGCUUCAGAAUGUCCCAGGUGUGGGUGCCCAGAAGGAUCCGGACUUCAAGCUGCAGCAGCCCCAGGGCCCGGUGGUGGUGAUCAAAGGGGAGAUACUGACCCUGAACUGCACAGUGUCUGCAUUUCAUCCUAUUGGCCCCGUGAAGUGGCUGAAGGGCUGGGGCAGCAGCAAUCAGACCAUUUAUGAUCACAAAGGCUCCUCCCCACGUGUGAUGAGAGCAAUCAAUGGAUCCGGCACAGACUUCACCAUCCACAUCAGGGAUGUUCGUCUUGAGGAUGCUGGCACCUAUUACUGUGUGAAGUUUAGAAAAGUCAUCUUUGGAGAUGAGCUGUUUAAGAGUGGUGGGGGCACGGAGGUGUUGGUGCACGCCAGACCCUCCAAGCUGACCGUGUCAGGGCCGAGUCGCCGAGCGGAGCCAGGGCAAUCGGUGUCCUUCACCUGCAGUGCCAGAGGGUUCUUCCCCCGUGACAUCCAGGUGCAAUGGCUCAAGAACAACGUUCCAGUUCAGGCUGUGCUGCCCCACAUCACCUCAGAGCAGUCACAUUCCUCCUACAACAUGUUCAGCACCGUACAGGUGACGUUGACCAAGGACGACGUGCGCUCACAGCUCACCUGCCAGGUGCAGCACAGCACGUUGGCAGCCCCACUGAGGAGGACGUACGCGCUGGGCCAGGCACUGCGAGUUCCCCCCAGCGUGUCUGUGGUCGCUGCACCGCCGGGCGCCGUGGAGGUGAACAAGACGGUGACCUUCAGCUGCCGCGUGCAGGGCUUCUACCCGGGAGCUGUGAACGUCACCUGGCUGGAGAACGGGAUGGGGCUGAACGCGGGGAGCACCACGCAGCCAGCAGAGACCCCCCAGGGCUUGUUUGAGCUGAACAGCACGGUGACGGUGCAGGCGGUGGAGGAGAAGCGCGGCUCCAGCUUCACCUGCCGGGUGGUGCACGAGGACCAGGAGCCCGUCUCCAGCACGGGCACCAUGCAGGUGGCUGUCGCAGCCCAGUGGGGACCCGAAGGUAGUUCUAUUGAAGACAGCGGUGCACGAGAGCUGCAGGACGAGCUGGGCGGAGCUCGUUGUUCUGCGGGCUGCGUGCCCCAAGCCACACACUCGUGUCUGUACCCACACAGGUGCCAUUCUCCUGUCCAGCCCCGGUUUAUGGCUCGGCCUGCUGCUGGGCAAGGCGCUCCUCGCCCUCGUCCUCUUCUUCCUCUUCAAGCACUUCCUGCCCUGAUGCUGCCCUGGACAGCAGCGUCUCCGCGAUCGCCUCCGAGCCCCGCAGCUCCGCCCGCAGCGCUCGGGAUGGGCCCGGCCUGCGCCCUCGUGCUUCCCGCUGCUUCGCUGCACGAAUUUUAAAGAUAAAAUCAUCGAC